AUUCCGAAAUACUUUGCAACUCGCAACAGAUAAUAUCUCUAAUGUUCAAUUAAAUAAGGAACUACUUAACAUUACAUUUAUUUUAUUUGUUUAGGAAAACGGACCAGAUUGUUAGACGAGAUAAAGUUUUAAUUAGAUACGUCGAUAGUUUGUGACGUAUACAUCGUACGUAAAAAAACAAAACAAUGAGUAUUGUGAAACUUUCUGAUGAACUUGCCGGUGUUUUGUGCGUCUUCUGUGAAGUUAUAGUGAUACAAUGGGACCGACGAUAGUGCGUGUGGCGCCUGGCGGAGGUGAGAAGGGCAUCAAAUGUUGCUGCUGCCGAUGCUGCGAAUGCCUCAACCUUGGAUACUUGACCACUCAUCAUGGAAUUAUAAAGCUAGCUGAAGCUAUGUUGGGUGGUUUGUGCCAGAGUCUGCUGGUGAAGUAUGGCAUGUCUGAGGCCAGCAACAUGGGUUCAGCCUUUCAUGGGUUCCUGACGACGGCCUCCGCCUGCCUCCUGACUACUGCUCUCCUAAUUGCCUGCUACGUACUCUCUUCACACACACAGCAGCUCAUACGGCAGUCCAUCUUCGAAUGUCUGUUCAACACGGUGGCGUGUUUCCUGUACUUGUCGGCGUCCUCCUACAUGGGCGUAGCAGUGAACAUCUACCUGUACCCGCAGUACGCGCUCGUUAGCAUGUACGCCGCGUACCCGGCCAUGACUGCCGUCUACUACAUCGGCGUUGUGGUUGGCAUACUUCACGGAGUGGACGCGUACCUGUCCUACAAGUAUCACAAGGGAUAUCGAUAAACGAACGACUACCUAAGAGUAAUUUGAUAUAUUGGAAUAAGUAUUAUUACAAAAUAACCCUUAAUAAUAAUAUUAAGUACCUAACCUACUAUGUUUUAAUUUCUCAAACUCUGGAUCAUUACGUUACAAAGCUCGAAUCUAUAUACAUAUAACGUCAGCUGACUCUAUCUUCUUAUUCGCUUUUCUUCAAUAAUUGAUUAUAAAAAAAUCUGCAGAAAUUCUUGGAUUAAUUUUAAUUUAGCAAAUUAUGCUGAAUUAUAUAAUUUUGACUAGCUAAGACUCGUUUGACAAGAAUGCUUAAGUGCUUAAGAUAGGUGUUACAGCUGACGCGCACGCACUUUCAAGGACAAUAUCUAACGUGUCCACAGAGAGGUAGCCAUGUGUUUUUAGCGGACUAUGUCCGGGGAAGAACAUUAGGAAUUACGAUUACAACUAGCAUUAAUGAUAAAACCAUUAUUAUCUUUAUGGCCUUAGGCACAGUUUUGAAGGUCGACAGCUGGAUUAAUUAGUGCCGUGUUAGCUUAAAAAGUCUUAAGAAACGAUACACUACUAUCUUGACAUAAUUGCAAUAAAAAACAAUGUUAUUUGUUCGUCAUAAUGACAAAAUCUAUAUAUUGAGUAACACUUCAUUCCAAUCAAAGUUUACGAAUAACUUUUCUAAGUCUACUAACCUCUUAAGUAUCUACCUACUUAUGAAAAAUGUAAAACUUAUAUAUUAUG